AAAUCGUAAUGUAUCAUGGGAAAUGGUGAAUGACUGAUUGAUCUACAAACAACAAUGAGUCGUUAUUUAUGACGGACGGUGAUUUGUAGAUCAAUCAGUCGGCAGUCUCCUCCACUGUCGGCUGCAAUGUCGAACAAGACUAUUGAUGUAAAAAAAAAAACAUAUGAUCGUGCGACGCAAGCAAGCUUCCUAGACGCAGCGUAAAAUAUUUUGUGAUGAAGGUAUGAAGUGCCAUCUGUAGUAGUUACAGAGGAGCCCAGGGGCUGCUACCAGAGCAGGUACACCCAGUGAGGGUCGGGAGAGACCAUGGACCUGAGUGAGAGGAGACCCAACAAGUGGUGGACAGAGUCGGACACCUUCGCCAUGCUGGCCCUCAUCGAGCAGCUGGACCUGGUGCAUGAGCUGGAUAAGAAGCGCCAGCGCAACGACUCGCACUUCCGCCGCCUGCGCUACAGCCUGGCCAAGCGGGACAUCCACUUCACUGUCAACCAGAUACGCAACCGCUGGAAGAGCCUCAAGCACAAGUACCGCAAGAUCAAGAUGGCAGGAUACCGUAGCGCUGCUGCACGCCUGUCCACCAUCGAGUCGUUCCGUUACUUUCGUAUGCUGGACCGCAUGCUGGCCAGGAGGGCCCGGGUGGGGGCCCCAGUGCAAGGCAUUGCAGAUGGACACAAUAUGGUGGUGUUGACCCCUUCAGACCUGGAGGAUCAUACAGAUGGUGAUGUUGCUCAGCCCGAAUCUGCGGCCCCUUGGCAGGACAGCCUGGCUCCAGCUCUAGAGGGAGAAGCAGACGAGACCAAUGCCAUCCCAAUAGAGGCCAACGCCAGCACUCCGGGCUGGGCCUUGAAGUCAGAUGAGAUAAUGACUUUGGGUCUGUCUGGAGAGUAUCUUUACCCUGUGAAGAGAGAGCCACAUUCAGUACCCUCUUUACAUGAUGGUGAGGGAGCUAGGGACUCCACUGGCUGCAGUCCACAAGAACAAACUGGCACUUGUGAGGACACCAGCACCCUGAUCCUCCAGCAGCUCACCAUCCUGAACCAUCAGCUAGGGGAACAACUCGCUGAGCAAAGGGCCUUCCACUGCAGCAUGCUGGGUAUGAUGGACCGACAGAUAGAGGUCCUGGAGCAGCUCUCCAACUUCUCCACAGGCCGCCAGGUCAAGGCCGAACCCGAUGACAGUAACACUCCUAUCAGCCAGCAGGUCCACAACUCCCUGGUGCGCAUCUUGAGAGGAGUGGAACAGGUCCAAACCCAAGGACACCAGCAAUGCUCAUGCAAGGCCUACCCCUCACAGCCUACAUCUCCCUCCUGGACAGUCUCUCUGUUGGAGGUCCAGAAUGAAUCACCCUCCAGGGAUGAGAACUCAACUAGUGACACAUCCAACCCUCAGCCCUCAGACCAUGGGCGUCCUGAACCUCAAGGACCAUCCCCCUCAGAGCAGCUUCCCACUUCUCCACAGAAGGGUGUUUUGCUUAACGGACUCUCAAACAAGUUCCAGCACAACUGAGUGCUCUUGAAGCUUCAUUCUGACAGAGGAGAGCAUACACUCUUAGGAAAAAUGGUUCCAAAAGGGUUCUUCAGUUGUCCCCAUAGGAGAACCCUUUUAGGAUCCAGGUAGAAUCGUUUUUGGUUUCAGGUAAAACACGUUUUUUUUCCAUGUAGAACCCUCUGAAAAGGGUUCUACAUGGAACCUAAAAAUGGUUCUACCUGAAACCAAAAAAAAAGGUUAUUCAAAGGGUUAUCCUAUGGGGACAGCCGAAGAAUUGUUUCAGGUUCUGGAUAUAAACUUUUUUAUAAGUGUUGAGUGUUGAAUAAAAAUAUAUGGGUGCUUACAUUUAUGAGGGACUUGUCAUUUUGAGAAUGUAUUGUGGAAAAAAAAGGUGUUUGUUUUUUAUUCCAACUUCUCUCUUCAGUUUAAUUUUGUCAUGUCCAAAUGUUUUAAUGUACAGAAGUGAAUAAUCUGAUGUUUUAAUCAGAUAUAUUUUAAAGUCUACAAUCUAGAUAAUUUUGACAAACCUUAGCGCAGAUGUUUAUUUUCACUAGUCAAGAAGAGAGAUUCCAAUUCGCCAGCAAUCAUCCACUGAAACUUCCCCAAAUGAUGUUUAAAUGUAUGUUUUCUUAACUCAUACACAUUUAUGUAGAAGCUGGUCAAGCAAAGGCUUUAUCCAAAUAUCUCCUCUUUUCUAAAUGUUCCUUUUCCUAAACAUAUAUUGGAUAUUUUGGUGACUUCAUUUCUAUAUUGAAGACUUGUUUUAAACAGGGACUUUGUAGAACUCCAUUUGCACAGCUAUUUGCAUAGUCGUGGAUACACAUGGCUGCUUUAAUUUAGGCCAGUGAAUGUGUUUUACUUUGCUUUAGCUUUGCUGAAGAUGAGAGGUACUGUAGUGUGUAAGUGCAAUAUGGUAAUGAAGUCUACAUUUGAAAUCUCACAAGAGAUUCAUCCCACAUCAUACAUCACUUAAUUUGUAUCUUGGAAUUGUAUUACUACAUCUUGGCAGUACUGCAAUUUGGCAUGUUUUGCUUGUAAUUUGUUACCUGUCUUAAGCAAGAAGAGUCAAAAACUGGGAGGGGUUGGGGAACCCUGUCAACUUGGCCAAUUUCAGGCAGUCUUUUCAAACAGCUCUUACAUUAAAAGCAUUAUCAUGAUUUUCACAAUUUCACAGUAUUAUUCCAACCUCAUAGUGUGAAAAUAUAUAUAAGACACCGGAAAAUCACGUUUUUGACCUCACUGCGACUUUUCUCUCAAAGUUAUUUUAAUACUUGACUUCCAGCUUCAAUCAGAACUUGUAUCAAGUCCAUUGAUAUUGAGUUAUUUAGUGUAAUGUAUUUGAUGCACCUUGACAUUAAACCUAAUCCAAAUGAGAACAAUAAAAAGAGGCAUACUUGUGAUGAUAGCCUUAUUUAUGGACUGAAACGUGCCUAAAAAUGUUAUUGAUGCUAUUGUAUUUUUAAAAGUGAAGAAUUAAAUAUUCACUGUAAUGGAAGGACUGGUUUCAUUUAUGAAUUGCAAAUCUAAUCAGUAGCUUUAGCCAUUGUGGAAUUAGAAAUGAAUGUUGCAAUGUACAUUGUAGGUUUACUUCAAAAGGAAAAUAUGAUGUACAUUUAUUUCAAAUGCAAGCUUUUUUUGCGGAUCAAUUAUUUGAGCUCCCUUUUUCAGCAUCAGACUGUUUUGUAAGCAAUACCAGAUUCCGGAAUACCAAUAUACCUUUAUCAUAACAUUGAAGCUGUAACAAAAAGUAGCCUAAAAUUUGAAAAUAUUCAAUAAAACAUGAAUUGUUUCUUUUUACGUU